UCUAUUUUAUUUUUUAAUUACUUUUGUGGGCAUCUACAGCUCAGAAAGGAACACCUGAUGUGUAGACGACUGUUAAAAGAAACACUGAAAUGGAAGAAAUGAGCUCCCCACAGGCAGCUCUGCCAGGUGACCGUUUGUGGGGUGAGAUCACCUGUGAGGCAGCUCUGCCCCGAGGGGCCGGGCAGCAACGCCCGAGAGAAGGGCCGUGACCUUUGGGUGACGCCGGCCCUGACCUUCAGGUGACCCCGACCCGGCCGCCCUCAGCUAGGAAGGGUGGGAACGCUCAGGUGAGCAGAGAAAGCGGCGGGAAAUGACAAAGGCGGGAAACGACAGCAGCGUUCUAGGCUCCUAUUGGCUGGCCGGCAGCCUGGACAUCUAUAUAAGGUGCGCGGGCGGACAGGUGAGAGACGCAAUCUCCACAGUGCGUGAGAAGGAGCGGGGGAUUCAUGAGAGAAAGGCAGAGCGUAGAAGCAGCGGCGACGAAGGCGGCAAGCGGUCUCCAGAGCUGAGGAGCUGCUGCAGAAGAAAGAAGAAGCGGCGUGGGGACCUGGGAGGCAGGAGCGAGCAAGAAGAGGAAGCCGAAGCGUGCAGAUGCGGGGGGGAAGGAGAGAGGCACCCUGGGCAAAGCACCUGUCCCGUUAGCGGGGGCGCAGUCCCAUCUGAGUCGAGCGUUGCCGGCGCCUUUGGCGAUCUGGCCGGCUUUGUGCUGGGCGACCUCCCUGUAAGCAGGGCUCGGGUCUUUGCUGUAGUUGGCCUUUUGCCUUGCUGCUCCUUUGGCUGCCUGGGGAGCGUGGCCCCCUGUAACGCAGGGCGAGAGCCACCUCUCCGCACCCGAGUGGGAAACGGAGCUCGCCGGACCCCGAGGCCACCCUGUAAGCAGGGUAGUGCCGUUUCCCUGCCCCUCUUCCUCCUCCGGCCCCUCGGCAUCGUUGCCUGGUGGUGGCCUGUCAAUGCGACGGCCCCGUACUCGGGGUGUGCGUCGAGGCCUCUGGCUUUACCUGCGAAGCCCCUUGGCGCGUUGAGGUCUGUGGCCUCCGUGCAGGCUAGGGACAGGUCACAGGCUCUUGUCUGUUGCCCGUGGUUGUGGGUUUAUUCCCAGGGUUUGGCUGCGCUGCGUUGUCCUUCCCUUCUGGAAAGUCGUGCCUGUGUGCGUGUUCCCCUUCCUUUCCGUGUUUGUGUUUGUGGAGCGACUGAGCUUUCCCUUUAGGCCCCCACAAAGAUGGCUGCAGCUUAGCUUUGGCUUCCCGGGGGGGAAUGGAGGACUUUGGCGCAUGCCGCAAAAGGGGUGUUCCCUCUUAGUCCCACGAGCGCAGCGAGUGUCCUGUCUUCCUCCUUUUUACUUAGUACAGAUCAGAGCCACACGGUAGCCCUGUGGCCGAGGCCACCCUGUAGCCAGGGCUUGGGCCUGUCCUUGCUGGCGGCGUGACAGCCCCGUACUCGGGGUGCGUGUCCCGAGCCGCGGAGCCCUCUGUCCCUGAGCAGCCCGCCCGCCCUGUAAUCAGGUGUGGGGAGGCUGCGGCGUUGCAGCCGGCUGCUUUAGCCAUCCAGCUGGUGGGAAUGACCCCUCCCUGUCCCGUCAGAGGGUGCAGGUUGAGGUGCUGCUUGUGUGUGGAGUGACCUCCCUGCUCGCUGGGUCGAGGUUGCUUCCUAGGCUCCCAAAAACAAGACGUUGGUGAUGUUGUGCUGCUGCCGGGCGGGCCAGCCUGUAGCUCAGGCGUUGGCGGGAGCCUUGCGCUCCGCGGGGCUUCUUGGAGAGGGUGAGGUGUGGGGGUACCGUCCUGUAGGCAGGGCUGUGCGUGCCCCCUGUGUGUGCUUGGGGAGCUGCGUUCUGAGAGACCCCCCCCCGUACUCGGGCGGGAAUGUGGCCCCGGCCUUUCAGAGGCACGGGGCCGCGAGAUGUGGGGUUGGGCUUGCGCCCUCCCUGGAAUCAGGGUUGGGAUCCUGACAGCGGCCUUUGGCCGUGCCGCCCCGCUGCCUGGCUGCUGAGAGUUGUUCCUGCCGCUGGGGGGGAAACCGAGCUCUGUGGCUCCAGGGGUGUCGUCCGCCCGCCUGUAAUCAGGGUCUGGGUGAGUGAGCGUUUGUGCUCUGCUGGCAGCCUGUGUGGGGUGACCGCCCCGCUAGCGGGGUGUGGGUCGAGGUGCCCCGGACUGGGAGAGAAGGAGCCUCCCUCGGGCGUAGGGAUGGGGGCUGCCCUGUAAGUCAGGGAGCACCUGUGCCCCGCAGUCCCAGGCCCUUUGCAACGGAGCCAGUGGCUGGGGGUCCCCUGUAAGCAGGGAAGCUGACUCUUUGGCCACUGCUUUCUGCGUGCCCAGCCUCAUUUGCCCAGUCUGCCCGCCUCUGUGAUCUCCCGCGGCACCGGCUGGAAGUCCUCCGGGCGUCAGUGAGGUGCUGCUGCAGAAGAAGCGGCACAUGGAGCUUGGAGGCAGGGGGCAGCGUGAUGUGUAAACUACUGGCUGUUAAUCUUACGAGUUAUCUUUGGCCUUUGGUAGCCACUGUUCUUAUGUGCGUGGAGGAUUUGAUUGCUCUGCUUUUGAUAGUGUUGUUUCCUGAGUAUUAGCUUGUUUUUCAUGUUGGUCUUCUGUUGAUAUCUACUAUUAGUCUCCUUAUGUGUUUAAUUUUGGUGUUAAAUAAAGUCUUUUUUUCUUUAA